AUGUCGUCCGUACUCGGUUUCGCCCGCCGGAGUUGGUAUAUACUGAACCCGCCAGCCGCUGCCAAGUCGUCCUCGCCGCUCCAAUUCGGGAUUCUGGGCGCCGCAGACAUCGCACCGAGCGCUCUUAUCGAGCAAGCCAAGUCGCAUGCGGAUGUCGUGGUUCGGAUCGUGGCCGCUCGCGAUCCUAACAAAGCUAAGGCCUAUGCGCGGAAGCAUGGCAUCCCGGACGUGGCGGAAACGUACCAGGGUGUACUCGACAACCCGGAAAUUGACUGCGUCUAUAUCCCUCUGCCUAACGGCCUACACUUCGAGUGGGCUCUCCGCGCGCUUAAAGCCGGGAAGCAUGUGCUCCUAGAGAAGCCGUCGGUGAACAACACCGAAGAAGCCGAGGCCCUCUUCAGGAGUCCGCUUGUCGAUGGCCCCAAGCCGCCCGUCCUUCUCGAGGCAGCGCACUACGUCUUCCACCCGGCCUGGUCCACUUUCAUGUCAUACGUGACCCCAGGCGAGGUCGCCAGCGCCAAAGCUGUCAUGUGGGUUCCCCGCUUGAUGUUUAGCGCCGACAACAUUCGCUUCCGGUACGAUCUCGGUGGCGGCGCGCUCAUGGAUCUCGGCGCAUAUACGGCAAGCGCCCUAACCCGCGUGUUCGGUGCUGUGGCGGAGGCGUGCGAGGAAUGCACUACUCAGGCUGCGUCCUACGACUCUCGCUGCGAUCAGCGAUAUAAGGCGCGGUAUCGGUUCCCCGGUGGCGGUCGCGGCGAGAUGGAAGGGGAUCUCAAGGCGCCGCUCGACCGGCUGUCACCUGAUCUCUACGUGACACUGCGUCCCGUUGUGCUAUCUGACACGGACGCCGGAAUUGACGUGCCCGAAGGCCACGAGGUCGUGCGGACACGCAAGAUCAAGUUCGCGAAUUUUGUCAUGCCGUCAAUUCUACAUUCGAUCCGAAUCGACGACGAAUUCUCUUUGCGUAACAUCGAGGGCAAGGCCGAAGUUAAGCGCUGGACGAGUAGCAAGACGGUCAAGACAUACUCAUUUCGCGAGGCCGGCACCGAUCAGCCCGGCGAGCCUCACUGGUUGACAUAUCGAUACCAACUGGAGCAGUUUGUCAACAAAGUUCGUGGACGCGAGGUGCCACAGUGGGUUAGCGGCGCUGACUCGAUUAAUACCAUGAGGAUGAUCGACAUGGCCUACGAUGCUGCGAAGCUACCGCUUAGACCUACGAGUAAGUACUUGGAAACGCAGAAGAACACGUAACGGCUUCUAGGAGAUCGUAGCAAAGAUAUUUCUUACUUGGUUUACUUUGUUCCUGAGGGUUGGUUAAAUUGUCAAAACACCCAAUCAGUAUUACACUCGCUGCUUAUGUUGAUAUACCCAAUGCGGCUUGGCACAAAAUCUCGUA